AUGCAAUCUGAUUUUCUAACUCAUCGUCAACAUGGUUUAAAAAAGUCAAAGGAUAAAUUUGUAAACAGUAAUAAUAAUAAUAAUAAUAACGGUACUAUGUUGAUGACAAGUAAAAGAUCUUCGACUAAGAUAAAUCUAUCCAAUCAAAAACCGGUUGUAUUCAACAAAAAACCCGAUAGUGAUGUUAAUCAAUCUGUACAAGGUGCAGACAGUGUUAAAGAUCUUUUAUCUCCAGGUGAUAUGGUGAAAGAAAGAUGGCGAGUUAUAUGUAAAUUAGGUGGAGGUGGUUUUGGUGAGAUAUAUGAAGCAAUUGAUACAAAAUUGAAACGUGUCAAUCAUUCAUCCACUUCAUCUUCAUCAUCAUCAUCAUCAUCAUCAUCAUCAACAAUGUCAACAGGAUCCGGUGUUAUUGAAUUACACACAAAUAUGAAACGUCAUUUUACAGAAUAUUCUUUAUGUUUUAAUUGUGCAACAAAUAAUACAUUGAAUGCACUAGUUCAUUCACCAAUUAGCGGUCAAUAUGAUUCUACUUUAUUGAAAUUAAAACAAGAUAUUGGCUCUGAUAGUGGUAUAGGUGGAAUACAAGCAUUUUCAUCUGAUACACAAGUUUUACAACAUGGUAAUAGAAUUAAUUCAGCUGGAACAACUACAUCGGCUUCAUUAUCUUCACGUCGUUUACUGUUAACAUGUAAUGAGAACAGUAGUAAUAAGAAUAAUCAAAGUAAUCAAGAAGAUUGUUUUAUUCAUCAACAAUCGUCAACAGGAAAUAAUAGUAAUGGUAAUAAUAAUAAUAAUAAUAAUUCAAGUCAUGUACAUAGAUAA